AGCUCCACUUGGCCAUGUUUGGAUACAAUUUUGCCAUAUGAUUUAAUAUAUAAAUGAUGUGAAGGUUAUUUAGUGGACCAGGCUUUUCCAAGUAAGAGUCAUCAUAUCCUGAUGGACAUCUCUGGAUCCCUGUCAUCAUGAUAAAACGCAGCAGGACUCUCACUUUGAGGCAGUCUCAAAAAUCCAGAUGGUUCAGUGAAAGGAGAGCCUUGAUGAUGGCGGGGCAUGUUGGAGCCAAACAUCGAAGACAAACAGCUCGGGGAGCUGGUUACCUGUUCCAAGCUCACCCUUCCUCCUGCCUCUCCAUUGCUGAGGAGGUGUUCCUAGAAGCUGCAGAGUACGGCAACAUCCCCGAAGUGAGGCGGAUGCUGGAGGAGCUUCCACACCUCAAUAUCAACUGCGUCAACUACAUGGGGCAGAAUGCACUGCAGCUGGCAGUCGCGAGUGAGCACUUAGAAGUGGUCAAGCUUUUGCUUAAGAGGAAAGAACUUGCAAAACUGGGGGAUGCUUUGCUGUUAGCCAUCAGUAAAGGGUACAUCCGCAUAGUGGAAGCCAUUUUAAGCCACGAGGCGUUUGCAGAUGGUCAGAGGUUGACGAAGAACCCCAGGCAUGACAAGACACGGGACGACUUUUUCUCCUACGAUGAGGACGGCACGCGUUUCUCUCAUGACAUAACUCCUAUUAUCCUGGCUUCUCAGUGUCACGAGUACGAGAUAGUACACAUGCUACUAUUAAGGGGGGCCCAUAUAGAACGUCCCCAUGACUACUUCUGUCAAUGCAGGGCCUGUAUUGAGCAGCAGAGGCUUGACACCUUCUGCCACUCUCAGUCUCGUAUCAGUGCUUACAAAGGCCUCGCAAGCCCAGCGUAUCUUUGCCUUUCGAGUCAGGAUCCUGUGAUGGCAGCUUUGGAGCUGAGCAAUGAGCUCGCACUUCUGGCCAACACUGAGAAAGAGUUCAAGAAUGACUACAAGAAAUUGUCCAUGCAGUGCAAGGACUUUGUGGUGGGACUCUUGGAUUUGUGUCGGAACACAGAGGAAGUGGAGGCGGUUCUAAAUGGUGACAUGGAAUCCAUUGCUAACACAGCGACCUCUGCCAAACCGAACCUGAUCAGGUUAAAGCUGGCAAUAAAAUAUGAAGUUAAAAAGUUUGUGGCCCAUCCAAACUGCCAGCAGCAUCUCCAAUCAAUCUGGUAUGAGAACCUGACUGGACUGCAUCAGCAAACAGUUGCAGUUAAAGUUCUUUUUGUCUUCGGUGUAGCUAUUGGGUUACCUGUCCUAGCUUUUAUUUACUGGAUAGCACCAUCAAGUAAGUUGGGGAAACUCAUGCGUGGACCCUUCCUGAAGUUUGUGGCUCAUGCAGCUUCCUUCAUCAUAUUCCUCUGUCUGCUGGUUCUAAACGCAGCGGACCGCUUCGCAGGAACAUCACUGCUCCCGAACAUGACCACCCACGAUUACCCUUCACAGGUUUUCCGGAUGAAGACCACCAGUUUUACCUGGAUGGAGAUUCUUAUCAUUUUCUGGGUUAUAGGCAAGAUAUGGGAAGAAUGUAAAGAUAUUUGGUCACAAGACAUCCACGAGUACAUCUUAGAACCAUGGAACCUUCUCGAUUUUAGUAUUUUGGCCAUUUUUAUGACCUCUUUCAUCGCAAGAUUAAUGGCUUUCUGGCAUGCACAUUCUGCACAGUGCUACAUUGACAAGCAUCCAUUCAACAUGACCUUGCCUUCUGAGGUGCAAUAUUUUCAGCUGGCAAGAAUUCACUGGAUGCCCUCAGACCCUCAGCUUAUCUCCGAAGGUCUCUAUGCGAUUGCCAUCGUUCUGAGUUUUUCCCGCAUUGCGUACAUCCUGCCUGCCAACGAGAGGUUUGGGCCGUUGCAGAUCUCUCUGGGAAGAACGAUGAAAGACAUUUUUCAGUUCAUGGUGAUUUUCAUGACGGUGUUUGUCGCUUUCAUGGUGGGAAUGUUCGAUCUAUACUCAUACUACCUUGGAGCCAAACACAACGUUGCCUUUACAACGGUUGAAGAAAGUUUUAAAACAUUAUUCUGGGCCAUCUUCGGACUGUCAGAAGUAAAAUCUGUGGUAUUAAACAUCAACCAUAAGUUUAUUGAGAACAUAGGCUAUGUUCUGUAUGGCGUGUACAACAUCAUCAUGGUGAUUGUUCUGCUGAACAUGCUCAUAGCCAUGUUCAACAGCUCCUUCCAGGAAAUCGAGGAUGAUGCUGACGUGGAGUGGAAAUUUGCCCGAGCCAAACUCUGGUUUUCCUACUUUGAGCAUGGCAGCACUCUGCCUGUACCCUUCAACCUCAUUCCCAGCCCCAAGUCUGUGAUGUCCUUCCUACUCGGGAUAAAGACAUUGAUCGGAUCUUCAAGAAAAAGCAAAGAGAAUUCAAACAAUGACAUGGAUCUAAAAAAUUUAAGGGAACACGGAGGACUGAAGGAGGACUCAUCUGUUCAACCUACGCGUCAUCAAAAAGUAAUGAACUGCCUCAUCAAACGAUACAUAUUUAAAGCACAGAGAGAUAAAGAUAACGACGAAGUGAAUGAAGGUGAGCUGAGAGAGAUCAAACAGGACAUCUCGAGCCUUCGUUACGAGCUGCUGGAAAGAGGGAACCAUGAUUUAAACACACUGGCCGAUCUUGUCAGGCAGCUGGGAGAGGUUGUGCAGAAAGAAGAGCAGAGAGGGGUUGUCAUUUCUUAAAAACAUGUAUAUAAUAGAAACAAAUAAGUUGUACAUAACACAUUCUCAUAUAUUUGUUGCACGGGUACGUUUUUAAAACUACAGUGUUAGUUCUGUUUUCUAAAGAAGCCUAUGAAUUACUGUUUGGCUUAAAUAUGACCAUUUUAUUAGGAAACUUAAUCUUCUUCAGCUGUAUCUGUUCAGUUCACCACAUGGUGGCACUAAGGUAGUGUAUUUUUCCCUUUGUUGGUUCUGGGUGUGUGGCUGUUAAAUAAUUAAUUUACAGAUGCAAUUUUGUGUUCCAUUUUUGAUAAAGUCUUGUAGGCAAGUGAAGUGUUCAUGUAAAACAAGGAGAUUAGUUUGAUUGUGUCUGUUUGGGCUGCAAUUCAUGCAAUCCAGAAGUAAGAACAAAGCUUUUUGGUCAUAAUUGCUAACUAUAAAGUUAAUGAGCUUUGGCUUAAUGUUUAGAGGAGUCAUUACACUUUAAAAUUGUACUGCAAUAAAGUGAAGGUUUACCUGAGCAUGCUGUUUAAUGGAUGUCAUAAUUAUCAACGUUAGUUACCUUCGCUUCAUUGAAUAAAGAUGGGUUAUGUUUUCUUUUUAACUAUUGAAACAGAUCCUGUUUUCCAAUAACU